AAAGAUCCUACUGUUGAAGAUGAUAUGAAGAUGGUUUUGAGUGUAAUCCAUGCAGCAAGAUCACUUCGUCAAAGUAAUAAUAUACCACCUGGACAGCCGUUACCAUUUAUCAUAUGGUCUGAUGAUCGAGAUUUAUUAGAUGAACAAGGAUCAAUUAAGAAAUAUUUUCAAGAUAUAAAAAAGUUUAUUAAAGCUUCUGAAAUUCGAGUAAUUGAUGACAAGCUUCAAAAAGAAUCUCUGGAGACUCUGAUAACGGAUUCGGCAGUAACUUUGAUUUCUACAAAUCUAAAAGUUUACGUUCCAAUGAGUUCAAUUUUGGAAAUUCAAAAAAGCACUGAUGCAAAUAAUGACAAGGAUAAAUCAAAAGCUUCAAGCAAUGGCCCAUCCGGUAUUUUCAGAACUGAAAACUUGUCAAGAUUAACUAAAAAAUAUGAGAAAAUUAUAAAUGAAAUUGAAAUUUUGCAAGGAAGAAUCACCAAAACUGAAUAUUUGAAAAAGGUUCCUGAAAAAGUUAAGGAGAAUGAUAG